AUGUGGUUUACUGCCACAGAUGUUAUGUUAGAAAUCAGCUCGUCCACUUUGACUCUGCUGCUGCAGGGGCCACUCUGGCUUCACACAGGGGUGACUCUUCCUCCCCCCUCAGCCUCAUCUUCCUCCCCCCUCAGCCUCAUCUUCCUCCUCCCUCAGCCUCAUCUUCCUCCCCCCUCAGCCUCAUCUUCCUCCCCCCUCAGCCUCAUCUUCCUCCUCCCUCAGCCUCAUCUUCCUCCCCCCUCAGCCUCAUCUUCCUCCUCCCUCAGCCUCAUCUUCCUCCCCCCUCAGCCUAAAAUAAAUGUGUCUACAGCAGGUCUGAACCCGGACUGCACCAGGACUAAAGCGAUGGAACUGGACCAGAUCUUACAGUCGGUUCCUCAGUCACUCAGAGCUCUGACUGAAAACCACCAGAACCUUCUGAAUGUGGCUGACUAUUGCAGCAACAACUACCUCCAGACCUCCAAGGGCAGCAGUGAGGCCCUCUCUGAGACCCAAGCGCUCCUCACUCAGUCGUUGGCAUCAGUAGCGUUCCAGAUCCACUCUGUGGCCGAGUCACUGCUGAGGAUCCUGGAUCUGCAGAGAGACGGCCUGAAGAACCUUGAGUCCUCUGUGGACCUGCUGGACCAGUCUGUCCAGAUGCAUAAGGAGAAGGUGGCGAGGCGUGUGAUUGGCUCGUUCACCGCUCAGAGGCGUGUCCCGCGAUGUCAUAAGCUCCUCCCACCACCCCAGCCCAAGCCCCUUCUCCCAUACAGCAGGCGGCCAAUCAGCUUCACGCUCCUGGACUCUGUGGGACAUGGCCACAAGGGAGUGAAAGCUGAACGCAGUGGAACCGUCCGCAAAACAGGAUCUUACAGGGUAAAGCUUCAGGAGCCAACAUCGCCAUCUGUGGGCAGUUUUGGGAGGCCUGUGGCUCCGCCGACUGUCCCUUCCUCCUGGCAGGCUCCACCCCUCUCUGAUGAGCCCCUCCCUCUGAACGAAUUCACUGAGGAAGCUCCUCCUCCUCCUCCUCCUCCUGAAGUGUCCAAUGAAAACCAACCUGAGCCUAUAACCCCGCCCCCGCCCCCGCCCCCACCCCCUACUAUUCACAAACCAGAAGAAUCUCUGGAUCUGAGUGGCUCUGAGCCUUUAGCCCCACCCCCAAUGGCCCUGCCUUCUGCUCUGACCCCACCCUUGGACCCUCCCCCUCCCCCUCUGGAGACUGUUUUAGAGGAGCCCUUGUUCCCGCCUCCUCCUGAUGACUUCACAGAGAAUGCACCUCCGUCACCUGAGAAUAUUGAAGCCCCGCCCCCUCCUCCUCCUCCUCCUAUCACAGAAGACCUUGCUGCCUGUGUGUCGAGGAGAAGCCGACACAGAGCCCCACCCACCUUGCGUUCUCAUUCGUUGAGAGUGCGCUCUGGCCCUGGCUCCCGCUGCUUUACACGCUCGCUUUUCCUGCCUCUCAGCCAAUCACUCAUGGUCCCACCCCCUCCCCCAUUUCCCCCGCCCACAGCCCCGCCCACAGGAUCACGCCCACAUUUACUUGUGGUUUUACCUGCCAGUCUGCGGCACCUGGGCCAUGUGAUGGAAGAGUGUUCCAGAGAGGGAGGACAGCUGCAGCUACAGAGGUCCUCAGGGGUCAAGGGUCAGGAAGGGGGCACCGCCCUGGUACAGAUCCUGGAGCGUGUCGCUCCUGCAGCGGAGGGAGGCAGCACUGAAUACUGGAACAGCAGAACAAGACGCUCGGGCUCCUUCGGCUGUUUCCGUCACUUUCCAUCAGUUUCCGGUAACGGUCGCAGUUUGAAGCAGAUCCUCCAGAACCACUGGACCCGGAGGACCUGA